AUCAAAACACACGACAUAGUAAACAUAAGAAUAUUCUACAUCUGUCCAUCUUUGUCUUUUUAUAGUUUCUUGUUCCCGUUGGGUUUCUCCUUAAGAAAAAGGUUGAUUUGUGCCGUACUCUGCGUGCGUCCUAACUCCACCAUCAGCUGCAGCACUUCUCUCUUCCACGCAAAGACUUCUUCUGAUAGUUUUUGAAGGUUGUUCACUGUGAUUCUUUGAGAAUCAUAGGCUUACGAUAAUUUGUAACCAGGAAUUACAUCUUAAGCCGUAACCGAAAAAAGGGGUUGUCCUUGUCCUACUUUGAUUGGUAGGGUUCUUAUAUGGCUUCAGGAGAAAAAGAGUUUGAAAUAGAACUUGAAAGUGGAGGGAGUAACGGACAGAAAAUUAAGUUCUUGGGUGGUGUUUUCGGUUGGUUUUUGCAUUUGAAUGAAUCAAUUACAUGUACAUGUGGCAUUGUAUCAUCUAGCAGUCUGGAAAAAUCUGGCGAGGUUUCGAAUGUCAGUGUAGAGACACUAAUAGAAAGGAAUUCAGAAGGGGAAGAGAGUCAAGGACAUAUGCCCCGAGCAGAAAAGGCGUGUGAGAAUGAGCAGUGUAAGAAGAAAAACUCUAGGAAUGCUCCUAAGCCACCACGACCUCCUAAACGUCCAUCACUGGAUGCCGCUGACCAGAAGUUGGUUAGGGAGAUCACUGAGCUGGCCAAGAGAAAGCGUGCAAGAAUUGAACAAAUGAAAGUAGCAAAGAAGAUGAAAGCAUCCAAAUCAUCCUCUUUCUACAGCGGCAUAUCUGCUCUGAUCAUCACACUACUCUUCUUCUUUGUCGUAAUCUUUCAAGGGAUAAGCUCCAGAAGCGUUCCAACUGUGGGUACACAGGGGUCUCCUGAGCCAGCAGUCGCAACAACUCAAGGUUUUGUCCCAGUUGAAUACCACAAAAGUGACAUACGACGUUCUACCAAUCAAAACUUUGGGGAAGACCAGAUUUCCCGUUCAGGUGGAUGGGGAAGUUGAUGGACAAUAUGAAAGGGGGUUGACGAUAUUGGUGCUUACAUUUUGCUGCCUAUGGUCCAUGGAAUUAAUACAGAUCUGUUUUCUUCCUCCAUUCUUUAAUGUUGCAGCAGGGGUAUCUUUUUUCCUUUGUAUAUAUAUGUACAUACAGCCAAAAACUACACGAGAUUUUCGACUCUUGUACAGUAUUUUAAUUCAUUUGGUGAAAAGAAUGAUUGUGUUGAUGAGAAAUGUAGUGCUUAUUUGUUGCGGAA